GGGAACCAUCGCCAGCAACACUCGUUUCAUGUCGGAUGGUUAAUGCCGGGGCACCGUCCUUCACGAGAAGGUACCGGCUUCUCGUUGAGAUCUCAUCUGUUAUGAGCAGACUGAGUGGGAAGCCGUCUUGAGGUUCAGUCUCUGGAGGGUAUGAACAGCUGAGUCUCAAACAUGCUGUCAGGACUUGUUGCUGUUGCCCGUCGCUCUCUGAAGUGGACUGUGCCUCACCGGAAAGCCACUCUUCACAGAACUUGCUUUCCAUCAAAGGCCAGGCGAUGGCUACUGGUUCAAAGGGGCGCUCACAGAUGGACUGCAGCCCCGUCAUCAAGGAUGAACCAGAAGCCAGUGUUUGUCAGAGCUCCAGCAUUUGGAGAUAAGCUCGCUAUCAUAGACAGCAGUGGCAGCCACAGCUACAAGCAGUUAUACUGCAGCAGCUUAGAUCUUGCAAGUAGAAUCUGCACUGCUCUCAACUCUGACUUUUCAGGUCUGGAAGGAAAACGAAUCUCCUUCCUGUGUGCCAAUGACGCUUCAUACACAGUGGCACAGUGGGCUGCAUGGAUGAGUGGCGGGACAGCAGUACCACUUUACCGGAAACACCCUCAGUCGGAAUUGGAGUAUGUGAUCUCUGACUCCCAGAGUUCACUGCUAGUGGCAGGGCAUCCCUUUGCCGAGAUCCUCGAGCCGCUGGCUGUGAAGCUCGGGCUGCCUUGCCUGACACUGCCUCCUACAUCUGACCUGGGCACUUUAGGUGUGGAAGACACAGAGGAGAAGGAGACGUCCAUCACUGACUGGGCCGAUCGACCAGCUAUGAUAAUCUAUACCAGUGGAACCACGGGGAGACCCAAGGGGGUACUACAUACGCACAGCUCCAUCCAAGCCAUGGUACAGUGUCUGGUUUCAGAGUGGGCGUGGACUAGAGAUGACAUCAUCCUCCACACCUUGCCGCUCCACCAUGUGCACGGCAUCGUUAACAAGCUGCUGUGCUCGCUCUGGGUGGGCGCCACCUGCAUCAUGCUGCCUGAAUUCCAGCCUCAGAAGGUGUGGGAGAUGCUGUUGAGCUCUAAGGCUCCCAUGGUUAAUGUGUUCAUGGCCGUGCCAACUAUCUACUCUAAGCUGAUCCAGUACUAUGAUCAGCACUUCAGGCAGCCUCAUGUCAAGGACUUUGUCAAAGCAGUGUGCAAAGAAAGGAUCAGGUUAAUGGUUUCUGGCUCGGCUGCUCUCCCUCUUCCCACUCUGCAGCGCUGGGAGGACAUUACAGGACACACACUGCUGGAACGUUAUGGCAUGACUGAGAUUGGCAUGGCACUGUCCAACUCUCUCAAUGGCCCACGCAUCCCAGGGGCUGUGGGGUCACCGCUUCCAGGUGUAGAAGUUCGGAUAGUUAUGAAUAAUGCAAGCAACACCACGAUUGCAGAGGGCAGUCACAGAGAGACUCGGGUACGUGCAGGUCUGGAGGGGAAAGAGGGUGAGCUCCUGGUUCGAGGUCCAUCUGUCUUUCAGGAAUACUGGAACAAGCCUGAGGAGACCAGAGAGUCUUUCACUGAUGGCGACUGGUUCAAAACAGGGGACACAGCAGUCUAUAAAGAUGGUGCAUAUUGGAUCAUGGGACGUACCAGUGUUGACAUCAUCAAGAGCGGUGGCUACAAGAUCAGUGCUCUCGAGGUAGAGCGCCACCUACUGGCACAUCCAGCCAUUAUAGAUGUGGCCGUCAUCGGGGCCCCAGAUGCCAUUUGGGGUCAGAAAGUCACUGCAGUGGUGGAGCUGAAGAAGGGCCAGAGCAUGACCCUGCCGGAGGUGAAGACCUGGGCAAGGGAACACAUGGCUUCCUACACCAUCCCCACAGGCCUGGUGCUGGUGGAGGAGAUGCCCAGGAAUCAGAUGGGCAAGGUCAACAAGAAGGACCUCCUGCGACGCUUCUUCCCAUAACCGGGCCACCUCGAUACGUAUGACAACAAACAGGUUCCUGGACACUUCCUGGCUGUUCCCGUCUGGUUCUUAGAUUCAAAUAUCACAGGCAAUAGUAGGCAUUACAAAAUAACGUAUAAACAAGAAAAGAAAUUAAGCUGCAAAGGUAAUUCUAAUGUGUUGAAUGCCAGUUAUCCUGAGAACACUUUAUGUCUAAAAAGUUUAAUGGACAAUUUGAAACAGAUCUUAAUCGUGAUGGUAAAAUCAUCUGAUGUUGCAUCAAAAAUAGAUUCAAAAUUCCAACUAACCAACAUGGUUGUGGCAAACAAACAAUAUGCAAGAAGUACUGUUAAAUGGUAUCCAACCUAAUAUGACCCACUUUUGUAGAAAUUGCAUUUGAAGCAGUGUCCCAGUUCCAUACUACUAUACACUAUGAAUAAUAACUGGGGUUAGACUAUGUAGUGGGUUCAUACUGGAAAACAGAAGUUUAUACUCUCAACAGACAUAAUGCAGAUGACAGACACCUGAUUUAUAAGAGUGUGUUCAGCUAUUGAGGAGACUCUCACAGCUACAAACUAAAAGAUUAUCCACCAUGGCUCAACAGUCCCCUUAUGAAACCACAUUUAAAUUCAUUAGAUCCAUGUUUUUAUUUGGAUCUGCACACAAUUUCACACACUCAUAAACAUCAGUCCCCUGAACAUGUCAGAUUUCUUUCCAUUAAAAUCUCUGAAUUUUUUUCUGAGAAACUUAACACAAAUAUUGCAAGACAUCCUAUCUCGCAAUGUUGAAGAAAGAGAAAAAUAUAAUUGCAUCAACCCCCUGAUCAGCACCAAAAUUUAUUGAAUUUCUCAUUGACCCAUACAAAAUCCUUCCACCACAAUGUAUGGAAAUUCAUCCUGUAGUUUUUUCCUAAACAACAGACAGACUUAUGCAGAAGAAAGCAUGACCUGUUGGCAGAGGUUAAAUGUAAUUACUAUAAACUGCAGGUGGUGGUGAGACAGCUCUUAAAAAAUCAAUAUUAUUUAUUAAUUACUUAUUAUCUAUCCUCUUAAUAAGUUCAUUUGAAACCUUUGGUGCAGUUUGUGGAUUGUUCUGUUUACGGUGUGUAUACUAUACAGUACUUAUGUAGUACAGAAGUGGGGCAAAACAUUUGACACACUUUCCUCAGAGUCCCCCAGCAGAACUGUGGGAUCCACUGCUGCAUCUGCCCUAAUGAGAUGUGAACAGCUAGUGCGUCGUCUGCUUUGACUCCACAAAUCCUGUGCAGGAUGUUCAACUUUUCCAAGAAAUGAGUAAAACACAGCGGUACCUCUUGGUAAAGAGGGCUUUGGAAACUCUUAUUUGUAUAUUCAGAUGUUUUAUUGGUGUGAUCACAUCAUUUUGUUGGUAAGAGUGGUUAAUUACACCCGAACAGACAAAAUAAGAUGAUGUGAUGGUGAGAAAAGGAGACAUUGAAAUGCGAUCAGUGGGGAACAUGGUUAAGAUCCAUUUCUUUGCACACACACACAGAUGCAC